AUCUGCUCGUAUCAUGUAUCUGGUGGUGACGACUCAGCGUUAGAUGCACAACAACAGUCACUUCUACACCGUCACAGUGGGAGUUCGGUGUCUUUAAUUUUGGACUAUUUCACCGAUUCUCUUCCACUGGAGAAUUUUUGAGUGUCUCGUAUAUGCAGAUGUUGAAGCAAAUGCAACAAGUGCCUCUCCACAAUGCCAGAAACUUUUUGCAGACAUCCAGCAAGCCCACCUGCCAAAGCACACCAUUGGGAUUGCCCAGCUUCUUCGAGAGGAUGAGAAGCCAAGGAGCCUCUUCCCCUAAAAUAAUGAAAACAUCGACAGUCGAUAGAGGUGUCUUGGGGGAUGUUUAUGGGGGAUGGCAAACCCCAAAAAUGGUGUGGCCUGAUCCUGUGGUGGAGGAGGAAGAGUCAAGCCAGCUAACAAAGGUUGAUCUAGGGGAGGUGCACACUGACGCCACACUCUAUGCUCUCCCGGAGAUGGUGGGCACAAGAGAACGACUGCACACAGUACUACACAUGCCUACUGACCUGCCUGUGCCUGAUGUGGGCCGACCCCCACCCUCCGCCUCCUUAAAUAUUCUUAUGGUGGAUGUCUCUGCAUCCAUGAAAGCCUAUUGGAAAGAUGUGGUGCACAGUUGGAACAGUCUUGUAGCACCCACUUUAUAUGGCCGCACUAUUCUAUAUGCAUUUGGAACCAGGGUUCUCUUCCUUAGGUCUGGGAAACAGCUGGAGCAGAAAGACUUCAUUAGUGGAGGGACAGAUCUCGUCGGUGCCUUGAGGACUAUUGUAAGUGAGGUGUACCAAUGUAGGGAGAAGUACAUUAAAGUGUUCCUCAUCACAGAUGGAGAGCACACUGUGUCUAAAGUUAAGCCAGAGAGUGUGAUAGAAAAGAUGGAGUAUGCAUGUGGCAAGAUAUGUGAUGUUUUUGUUCUGGGUGUAGGGGAUAAAUUCCCUGUCCAACACAGUAUUGACAUUCGUUCCCGUCUGCAUAAUGGCAACUCUAACCUGCCAUACCUCUUCACAGCCAAAACCUCCGUAGGCAUGAGGGAGGAGAUGGCUGUUAUCGGCCGAAUAAGUUACAGCAGUAAUUCCUCAAGAAUAAAAUUGUCUUUGAGUGGGUCAGUUUUACCUGGAGGAGAUGUGACAGAUGUGUUUCACCUGGGGGAGUGGGUGUACUUUGCUUGUGAGCCACAAGAAAUACAGAAUUUGACUCUUUCAUCUGGGAGGCAUAGCUUCAGCAUCUCCCUGAAACCCAAACCCAUGAAUUUGUCCAACUUAAGUGAAUUGUUCAGGCAGUGGAAUUCUCUCAUAAUCCAGCUGCACAGGAGCAAGAAAACUAUUCCAUCAGACAUCAUGGCCUUCAAGGAUAGACUCUUCAGCUCCUGGUCAAAAAAAUUGAAGGAGGGCUCUAGGGCACAAACCAUCAACGAUCGCCUCACUCUGAAGGAAAUAAAAACCCAUGAGGCCAGUUUCAGAGCACACAAAAACUACAUGGAAACAAUCUUGAUGACGGAAACUUUCCAGGAUGAGCAGGAGUUAGCGGACAAAAUCCUCUUCACAACUGUUGGUGGGAGCAAAUAUGAAACUAAAGUGUUAAGGAUGAAAGGACAUACUGACCAGGAUUUUUCAAAAGAUCAAAAGGAAUUUAUGGAGGUCUAUGAAGCUCAUAAAGCCAACAUUAAAAAAGUUGAAACUACACCAGAAGACUGCUGCCGAAUCACACUCACUUCCACUAUAACUGACCUGCAGGACACGGACUUUUCUGAAUUGUUCCAGUUAGGCAAAUAUGAAUUCCUAAAGCAAUUCACCAUGACAGGAAUCCCAGUAUUUGCACCCAUCAGGGACUCCAUGAUCAUCAACCCUUGGUCAUACUCUGUCAGGGGAAUUCUCUCCUCUCCUUACACAAUCCUCAGUCAGGUGGCUCUAGAGUCCUUUGCAGAGACCACAUCAGCAGGUGCACAGCAUAAAGAUGUCAGAGCAAAGUGGGAUGAAGCAAAUACCCGUUUUAAUGCUAUAGUUCCAGUUUUCCCACCAGGUGUUGCAAAGAUCAUGGAGCCAUUUGUUCAUACACGCAUAUAUGCUAUGUGUGUAACUUUUGCCAUCUUGAAGAAUCCUCACAUUAUUGAUUUUAAUGUACACAUUGCCGCCUUGGCCAUCACUUGGAUGAGGAUCUUGUACGAGUACCCAACUCGGCCUAGACCCGAGUUUGUGCGCUUACGUAUAGAGAGUAUAAAAAGCACUGCUGCCCUCUACUUAAAUCAGCCAAGCUACCUCACAUACUGGAAAGUCUUGAGAGAGAACACAGCCCAAGCACUGAUGACAGAGAGUACCAUUAAGGUUGACAAGAAGACACUUAAGUGUGAGUCACUCAUCAAGCCAAUGUUCAUAUUGCACAUGAACCAGCACAAUGAAUGCGAACUCAGUCUCAGUGUUGUGGCCAGGGUGAUGAGGUUGAUCUUGGUAGAGUUCAUCGGCCGCUGCCUUGCUAACUACAACACCAAAAAUAACAAGGCAAUGCCCUUCACUGACUUUUUUGUGGAAACCCAUUAUAGUCAAAAUGUGAAAAAAGACUGGGUUGAUGAUUAUGUAAUUAAUGUUAAAGCUAACUUGACAGCAAGUUCAAGUGCACUCCUAGAAAAAUUUUACACUUUGGAGGAAGUUAAGAAAGCAGCCAAACAGAUUGCUCCAGAGAAGUUGCAAGAUAUGAAAAAGAUGUUCAUGCCAGAUCUACCCAUCAAAGUAAACAUGGAGAAGGUUGUUAGUCUUCGCAAUGUGUCUGGUGCAGGUGAUGUAUCUUGGCACACAUUAAGGACCUUCGCCAAGGAGGCAGACCUAUCUGAAGAAGUUGUCAAUGACUUGUUUAGUGAACGUAGUGUAUUUAUCUAUGUGGCCCAUGCUCUUAGGUACAAGACUUCACGAAGCCGUCUUAGUGCCAGUCUUGCUGACUAUAAUACCAGUUUAGAGCUGGUGACCAAGCAUGUCCAGGAUGAGAUCUUGGGAUUUAUAGCCAGAAACCUGAAUGUUGAAUUUGAACAGCAUGUAGUGAAUGUGUGGCUUGAAGCCUACCUAGCUGCUCACAGAGAGGUGGUGCAACCUUUGAAACCUCACGAGAUAGUGGUACAGGCCAGACAGCGAGGCAUAGAUGUAAGCGAUGCCACAUUUGAUCGGGUGUACAAGAGGUAUCGCUCUGAUGUCAGACUGUUAGGGAAUGCAUGCCAGAGCCAGUCGUGCCCUUUUUACCUGGUGCCCAACAAGAGAUACAACCAGCAUACAUUUGUAGAACGUCAAGGACAACGAGACUUUCCUCAUACCCUCCAUCGUGUGGCCUACCUCAACAAGGACAAGGACUUGACUAUGGCAGUCGAGCACCUUGAAUUGGGAGCCUUUACCAAGAACCACAGGCCGCUACCUCUUGACAUCAUUGCUCACUUCACUGAUGACAUACAGAGUCUGCAAGAGAGUUAUAAAAAUUUACCUGGGACCUAAGCAGAGCGAUCUCUUCAUCUGGAUUAUACCUGGAGAGGGUUCCAGGGGUCAACACCCCCGUGGCCCAGUCUGUGGCCAGGCCUCAUGGUGGAUCAGGGCCUGAUCAACCAGGCUGUUACUGCUGGCUGCACAUAAUCCAGCGUACGAACCACAGCCUGGCUGGUCAGGCACUGACUUUAAGUGCCUUUCCAGUGCUUGCUUUCAAGACAGCCAAGAGUCUAUUGGUAAUUCCCCUAAUGUAUGCUGGGAGGCAGUAGAACAGUCUUGGGCCCCUGACACUUAUUGUGUUGUCUCUAUCGUGCUAGUGGCACCCCUGCUUUUCAUUGGGGGGAUGUUGCACUGUCUGCCGAGUCUUCUGCUUUUGUACAGAGUGAUUUUCGAGUGCAAGUUUGGUACUAGACCCUCUAGGAUUUUCCAGGUGUAUAUAACCAUGUAUAUCUCCCUCCUGCAUUGUAAGGAGUACAGGUUUAGGAAGAAGUAUGACACUGGAUCCUUUCUCAGGCCCAGGUUCGUAGGUGUGGCAGGCUGAAGAGAUGUGCAAAUGGCAUUCUGCUGAUUGAAAAAAAAAAAAACUGGAAAAAAGAUGCAAAGUAAGUAAAUAUCGCUCCUAGGUGGCGACGGCUAAUGAUUGGCAGAGGCCAGAGAGAAUGUGUCAAGCAGUUGGGAGAGUUGAUAAAUCUUCAGGGCAGUGCAAAAAAAAGAUGAGCAUCUUGCAAAGGCAACAAAUGAAGCUGAGAAAGGGACAAGCUUCCCAUCUUUUCCCUAACAGCUUAAUAUCAAAACUGGAAAAAAAAAAAGAGGACACAAAUAUUGUGUAGCAAGAGUCAUCAGAA